AUGGCACAAGACACACACGUCCCCAAUGACCUUUACCGGCAUCUCGUCGAUGAAAUCCACGCCCUUCAAAAAGCGCUUGACCAGCAAUUCACUGAGCUGGAAGGUCCACGAAGGGUAGUCAACCAUAUUCGCGAUCUCUUGGAUGUAGAGUUGGGAUUUUUGGCUCUGCAGGACGAAGAUGAGCAGGAAAACGUUGACCCGGAAUCGCGGAUUCUACUUGUUGCCUGGCUUCGUGAGACAGCUAACUCGAUUGAUCCAAGUCUUUCUACUGAUUUCGAUUUUCCUGAGGUCGGAUCUAUUGAAUGGUAUGGCAUUUGGGCUUAUUCUGGCAUCAUGAGUGAAACUUAUCGCAGAGUGGAAUUUCCGCCUGAAGCCAGGGACCCCGACCCUCAAAAAGCAGAAGAAAACACGCCGGAAUGUGGAAUUUGCGCCGAAAAGUACGAAGAAGGUGAUAAAGAUGUUAAUUUCCCUUGUCAUGUUCGGCAUAGGAUGUGUACAAAGUGUAUGGUUUUUAUGUUAAAGGCUCGUUCCGUCUUUGCUGAAUGCCCGUAUUGUAGAACAAAGCCAUAUAUAACGCAGUAG